GCUAGGGACAAUCGCAAGGGUUCUCAUAUAUUUGCGGACGGAAACUACUACCAUAUGAAGCAUAGAUCAGUAGCGGAGCAGUCGUUCCAGGCUCAUCAUUCACACAACCUACGAAUGAAAAGAGAUCCUAAGGUAUUUUGGUUCGCCCAACAGUCAGCGAAGCCUCGAAAGAGACGUCAUCCUACGCCACUCAACGAUCCACUCUUUAACGAGCAGUGGUUUCUGAGUGAUGCAUUUAGUCAGAAUGUGGUGGCAGCCUGGAUAAGGGGCUGUACAGGGAAAGGCGUUGUGGUCUCCGUAUUAGAUGAUGGCAUUGAGAAGAGCCACCCUGACCUUUCUGAAAAUUAUGACCCAAAGGCCAGCUAUGAUAUGAAUGAUAAUGAUGCCAACCCGGAACCUCCAUACUCACAGAUCAGUCAAAAUAGGCAUGGAACACGCUGUGCUGGGGUAAUUGCAGCUGUGGCAAACAACACAGUGUGCGGUGUCGGGGUAGCAUUCAAUGCCAGGAUUGGCGGUAUUCGGAUGCUAGAUGGCUAUGUCACUGACUUACUGGAGGCUAAGUCACUUACCUUCAAUCAGCAACACAUCAACAUCUACAGUGCCAGUUGGGGGCCCAAGGAUGAUGGCAAGACUGUGGAUGGGCCUGGAAUACUGGCCUCUGAAGCAUUCAUCAGAGGCAUAAGCAGUGGUCGAGGUGGCUUGGGUUCCAUUUACGUGUGGGCCUCUGGGAAUGGUGGUACCAACUUGGAUAACUGCAAUUGUGAUGGCUAUUCCAGCAGUAUAUAUACACUAUCCAUUGGCAGUGCCACAGAGAAAGGAACUGUGCCCUAUUACAGUGAGCCCUGCCCUGCCAUUAUAACGACAACUUACAGUGGAGGAAGCUGGCAUCACCGCAAAAUUGUCACCACAGACGUACGGCACUCUUGCACUUCUGAUUAUACAGGAACCUCUGCGUCUGCUCCUCUGGCUGCUGGGAUCCUUGCACUGGCAUUGGAGGCAAACCCUGCACUGACUUGGCGUGAUGUGCAGCACAUCACAGUGCGGGCAUCUAGACCAGCUGGCCUUAGAACAAAAGACUGGCACACCAAUGGGGUGGGAAGACCUGUUAGCCAUUACUAUGGGUAUGGGCUGCUGGAUGCUGCAAGGCUGGUUGAUCUGGCCAGAAAAUGGGAUCCAGUGCAACCACAGAGGAAGUGCCUCACUGAUGUCAUCACCAGCCCCCAUGAGCUUCGUGGGAAGCUGAUACUAAAGUGGAAUGAGACAGCCUGUCUGAGGACCAAAAACUGGAUUCACUCUCUGGAACACAUCCAGGCACGACUCACACUGGCCUACACUAAGCGAGGAGCCCUGUCACUUACCCUCACCAGUCCCCUGGGAACCCGCUCCGUGCUGGUCACUGUCAGGCCUUUAGAUGCAUCUGCAAAGGGAUAUAAUGACUGGGUCUUCAUGAGCACACACAGCUGGGAUGAGGACCCUCGUGGCCUAUGGACUUUCCAAAUAGAAAAUAAGGGAGAUCCAUCCAAUAGAGGAUUCUUGACCCAUUUCCAAGUAGUGCUGUAUGGGACGGAGGAACGUGUGAUAGAAAGGCAGAUGGAGGGAGCAGUGGUUAAGCCAUGUGAAAUUAUAAGCUCUGAUGGGGGCUGUAAAGAGUGUGCCUAUCCCCUGUACAUGUUUGAGACCAUCUGCUCGGCAUCCUGUCCCCCUCAUUACUAUGAGUCGGGUAGCAACAGCACCAAGUCUGAUCGGAGGUGCCUACUGUGCCAUCAUACCUGCCAGACUUGCUUUGGUGAGGGGAAGAACAGCUGUCUGGACUGUCCACCCUAUUCCACUUUUGACCCUUUCCUGGGUACCUGUAGCUUCUCUUUCUACCCACGGAGCCAUUGGCGCAAGGCAACAGAUGGGACGAAGCAGGCAGCAGCGGUACUUGGCAUUCUCCUGGCAGGCCCACUGCUGAUCCUGUGCCUGGUGUGGGCCUCUACGUGGAUGGCGAGCACGCUCAUCAUACCCUACAUUGCAGCUAGGACCCAGGCGCACAAUGGCACGGACCCCAGUCAGGCUGACGGAGUGGAGAUGGCGACCGUCAACAUGUUCAGAGAUGAUCAGUAACAUUCGGGAUAACUCCAG